AUGUCUUAUAGCGGAGGGCCGCAGCCUACACCGUCCAAGAAAGCGCGGGCAAAGGCUGAGGAGCAGGACACUGAAGAUGGUAUAGAACUUAAGAGUGCUCUGCCUUGCAUUCUAUGCUUCAAGAACGCUCUCACCGUGACGUCAAAAAAACCAAUCGUAACUCUUCCGGAACAGCCCAUCGAUGUGCUCACAUUCGACUGCAAGUUUCCUUACACCAACUCCAAGAAGUGCAUGAACUGUGACAAGAACAUCAACCGCAUACUUGCAAUGAUGAAUGGCAACUACAUGGAUAUUAUCUCCAUUUUCAAGGCUGCUGGCAAAAUGUUAAAGGACGGGACGGAUCGCUUUCAAGACACGCACAAACUUGGCAUCGUCAAAGCCCUGAUCAAGUUCGGCCAACGCUCUGAAGUCCUUGUCAACACUCAUGCUCUGAUGCUCGAUGAUAUUAUAUGGACUUAG